GCGCGGGGGCCCGGCCGGGCGAUGCCGCGGCUGCUGCCGCUCCUCUGCGCGCUGCUACCGCUGCUGCUGCCUCUGCCGAGCCCGGCCCGCGCCCGCCACAUCAAGAAAGCGGAGGCGGCGGCGGCGGAGCCCGGCGAGGCGCUGCGCUACCUGCACUCGGCCGAGCUGGGCGAGGCGCUGCGGGCUCUGGCGGACGCGGCCCCGCCGGGCCUGGCGCGGCUCUUCAGCAUCGGGCAGUCGGUGGAGAAGCGGCCGCUGUGGGUGCUGCGGCUCACGGCCGGGCUGGGCCCCGAGCGGCCUGACGAGCCGGCCGGCGGAGCGGCUCUGCCCGGGCGGCCGCAGGUGAAGCUGGUGGGGAACAUGCACGGAGACGAGCCGCUGGCACGGCCGCUGCUGCUGCGCCUGGCGCGGGAGCUGGUGCGGGGCUGGGCCAGCGGCGACGCGCGCAUCGUCCGCCUGCUCAACACCACCGACCUGUACCUGCUGCCCAGCCUCAACCCCGACGGCUUCGAGCGCGCCCGCGAGGGCGACUGCGGCGGCGGCGGGGAGGGCGGGCGGGAGAACAGCCGCGGCCGCGACCUCAACCGCAGCUUUCCCGACCAGUUCGGCGCCGCCGAGCCCGACCUGGAGCCCGUGCCCGAGGUGCAAGCGCUCAUCGACUGGAUGCGCCGCAACAAGUUUCUGCUCUCUGGCAAUCUCCAUGGUGGCUCCGUGGUGGCAAGCUAUCCCUACGAUGACUCUCCCACGCAUAGGCCCACAGGAGUCUACAGUAAAUCAGCUGAUGAUGAAGUCUUCAAAUAUUUGGCAAAAGCUUAUGCAUCUCAUCACCCCAUAAUGAGAACUGGCAAACCCAAUUGCCCUGGCGAGGAGGGAGAGACCUUCCAGGAUGGGAUCACGAACGGUGCCCAGUGGUACGACGUGGAAGGUGGGAUGCAGGAUUACAACUAUGUGUGGGCCAACUGCUUUGAGAUCACGUUGGAGCUGUCUUGCUGCAAAUAUCCUCCAGCCUCUGAGCUUCAGAAGGAGUGGGAGAACAACAGGGAGUCUCUCCUUGCUUUCAUUGAGAAGGUCCACAUUGGUGUGAAAGGCUUUGUCAAGGAUGCAAUCACUGGAGUUGGCCUGGACAACGCGACCAUCGCCGUUGCUGGUAUCGCUCACAACAUCACAGCGGGCAAAUUUGGGGAUUACCACCGACUGCUUGUGCCUGGGACCUACAACGUGACUGCAGUUGUCGUGGGUUACACACCAGUGACCAAAGAGAACGUCGAGGUGAAGGAGGGAGAUGCAACAGAAGUGAAUUUCUCCUUGCAGCCAACUGUGAUGCCACCAGCUCUUAAUGUCACACAGUUCACGACAGCGCCGGCUCCUGCCACUACCGUCACCCCCACCCCUGUGCUGGCAGAGGCCCCAAAUCCAACCUCUCUCCAUGAACCCAUCCAGCCCGUGGACUUCCGCCACCAUCACUUCUCGGACAUGGAGAUCUUCCUGCGGCGUUAUGCCAACGAGUAUCCCAACAUAACCCGGCUCUACUCCGUCGGCAAGUCCGCGGAGCUGCGGGAGCUCUACGUGAUGGAGAUCUCUGACAACCCCGGCGUCCACGAAGCAGGUGAGCCGGAGUUCAAGUACAUCGGGAACAUGCAUGGGAAUGAGGUUGUGGGGCGAGAGCUUCUCCUGAACCUCAUCGAGUACCUCUGCAAGAACUUUGGCACAGAUCCUGAAGUGACUGAGUUGGUUCAGAGCACACGGAUCCACAUCAUGCCGUCUAUGAACCCUGAUGGCUAUGAGAGAUCCCAGGAAGGAGACAAAGGAGGUACCGUUGGCAGAAACAACAGCAACAACUAUGACCUGAACCGGAACUUCCCAGAUCAGUUUGUCAACGUGACAGACCCUCCACAGCCAGAAACUCUUGCUGUCAUGGCCUGGUUGAAGUCUUACCCGUUUGUGCUCUCGGCAAACUUGCAUGGAGGUUCUCUGGUGGUUAAUUACCCCUUUGAUGAUGAUGAGCAAGGAAUAGCCAUAUACAGUAAAUCCCCAGACGAUGCUGUGUUCCAGAAGCUGGCACUUGCCUACUCCAAGGAAAAUGCACAGAUGUACCAGGGAAGCCCUUGUAAGGAUAUGUACCCCACUGAGUACUUCCCACACGGCAUCACUAAUGGGGCUCAGUGGUACAAUGUUCCAGGUGGGAUGCAAGACUGGAAUUACUUGCAUACAAACUGCUUUGAACUGACCAUUGAGCUGGGCUGUGUGAAAUACCCAAGAGCUGAGGAGCUGCCCAAGUACUGGGCCCAGAACCGCCGAUCGCUGCUGCAGUUCAUGAAACAGGUUCACCUCGGCGUCUGGGGCUUUGUGCUGGAUGCUGUGGACAAGAGGGGCAUUCUCAAUGCCACCAUCAGCGUGGCCGACAUCAACCACCCCGUGACCACCUACAAGGAUGGAGACUACUGGCGCCUCUUGGUCCCGGGGACGUACAAAAUCACAGCGUCUGCCCGAGGGUAUGAUCCAGUCACUAAGAUGGUGGAAGUUGGCAGCAAAGGUGGGGUGCAGGUCAACUUCACUCUUUCACGGACAGACAGCAAAGUGGAGGAGGGAAAGGUGCUGGUCUUGAACACCCCAGACACCAGCAACCCCACCGAGAAGGAGUUUGAGACCCUGAUCAAAGAUCUCUCUGCUGAGAAUGGUCUGGAGCGGCUCCUGCUCACCUCCUCCCGGGAUGUGGCUCCGUACCGGUACCGCCCGUACAAGGACCUCUCCGAGUUCCUCCGAGGCCUCUAUCUGAACUACCCACACAUCACAAAUCUCACCAGUUUGGGUCAGAGUGUCGAGUUCCGUCAGAUCUGGUCCCUUGAAAUCUCCAACAAGCCCAACCAGUCUGAACCUGAGGAGCCCAAGAUCCGCUUUGUUGCCGGUAUUCAUGGCAAUGCUCCUGUUGGGACAGAGCUGCUCCUGACACUGGCAGAAUUCCUUUGCAUGAACUACAAGAAGAACGCUGCUGUUACAAAGCUGAUUGACCGGACACGGAUUGUGAUUGUGCCUUCCCUGAACCCAGACGGACGCGAGAUCGCCCAGGAGAGGGGCUGCACGUCAAACAUAGGCCGGACUAAUGCUCACGGCAGAGAUCUGGACACAGACUUCACAAGCAAUUACACCCGGCACUCUGCGACACGGGAGCCUGAGACCAAAGCCAUCAUGGAGAACUUGAUACUGAAGCAGGAUUUCAGCCUCUCUGUUGCCCUGGAUGGAGGAUCCCUUCUUGUCACUUACCCCUAUGAUAAGCCAACCCAGUCAGUGGAGAACAAAGAAACACUGAAGCAUUUGGCAUCUCUGUAUGCAAACAACCACCCAGUGAUGCACUUGGGCCAGCCAGGCUGUCCAAAUAAGUCAGACGAGAAUAUUCCUGGUGGCGUGAUCCGUGGCUCAGAAUGGCACAGUCACUUGGGAAGUAUGAAGGAUUUCAGCGUGACAUUUGGUCAUUGUCCUGAGAUCACUGUUUAUACCAGCUGCUGCUACUUCCCGAGCGCUGGACAGCUUCCUGGCCUGUGGGCAGACCACAGGAAAUCUCUCCUCAGCAUGCUCGUGGAGGUUCAUAAGGGAGUGCAUGGGAUUGUCCAAGACAAGAGUGGCAAGCCAAUUUCUAAAGCUACCAUUGUUCUGAACGAGGGUUUGAGGGUCUAUACUAAAGAAGGGGGCUAUUUCCACGUGCUCCUGGCUCCAGGUUUUCACAGCAUCGAUGCAAUAGCCAAUGGGUACCAGCAGAAACAUGUCAAGGUCUUUGUACGUGAUGAUGCACCCAGCUCUGUCUUCAUAAUAUUUGACACAGAAAACAGGAUUUUUGGACUGCCAAGGGAGCUGGUUAUAACUGUUGCAGGUGCAAGUAUGUCUGCUCUGGUCCUCACUGCCUGCAUCAUCUGGUGUGUCUGCUCAAUCAAGUCCAACAGACACAAGGAUGGCUUCCACCGCCUCCGGCAGCACCACGACGACUACGAGGACGAAAUCCGCAUGAUGUCCACUGGCUCCAAGAAAUCCCUGCUGAGCCACGAAUUCCAGGAUGAAACGGACACUGAAGAAGAAACACUGUACUCCAGCAAACACUGACACCUCCCGGGCAGGAAAGGAGGUUGCCAUGGACCAGAGCCGGUUGUGGGGGGCGGUCCCUGUGGUUCAGUUUUGAAACCUUAGCUUCAGGAUGUGUCCUCCAGAGGGGCAGGUGGCAGCUCCCAACUUCCCUCUGUUUGCUCUGUCCUAAUGUACCUGCUAAUCAGUGGGUGUUGGAGGCUGUUUCUGGGAUAAUGACAUGGUGUUGGUACAUUUUUGGGUGAAGAUCUGGAGGGUCACAUGACGUGAUUUGAAAGGCAACUUAACAGGGUGGCCAGCAGAGCUUUUAGCACUUCCCCAGCAUCUCAGCACAGGGAAUAGAUGGUGGGGAAGUGCCCCAAGACCUGCCUGGAGUCGUGGCUACAACACUCCAAAGAGGUUUCUCUACCUGUUUUGAUUUGAUAUUUUCCACUCUGUGCUUGGGGGAAGCCAGAUCCUUCACGUGAAUCAAUGUUCCCCAGGGCAGCCCUUGGAAAAAGACCAAAAAAAAAAAAAGCCUUCGAUUCUCAGCUCUUCCCUUGGAGCUUUUCCCGCCAUGGGAUGCUGUGGCCUGGUGUGAUCUGCAGUGGUUGUGGAGCAUCUCUUUAUGUGUCAUUAGUUUCAGGGGGUGACUUGGCAUCCUGAAAGCUGGAGGACAUGACAUCGUUCUUGAUGUGAGCUGGAGAAAGUCAGAGCCUCAGUGCACUCUGACAGAGUUCCAUUGCCUGCCAGCUCUGCCACAGGGCUGCUCCUGACUUCUGGGGAAGAAAGAAACUUUAUCCCCGUCACCCCUGGUUGUGUUUUGUUUGUGUAAUAGGCUUGGCUGUGGGAGUCUCAUGUUAAUGUUACCACAGCUCAGUGUCUGCAAGAGCAGCUGAAGGUUAUUCUAAGGGAAUGGAUUCACUGAUUUGUAGAAGAGCAGUCAGUUACUGCUCCACCUGAUCAGCUUUGCUCAAAUCCACCUUUGUUCAGGAGGAAACAGUGAAAUCUGUAUACCACUGCUUUGUAUUGGAGCUUCAGGGAGAGGUCAUGGGAGUAUCCAUGGCCCAACUUUAGCACUAAAUUUUGAAGAAAAGCUGCACCAUUUGCCAAUUUCCGCAUAACACCAUUUCAGUCACCAAGCUCUGGUGAUGGCAGGCAGCAAAUUAGCUGCUGGCUCGGUUCUGUUCUGCUCCUGCAGCGUCCCUGAAGUGUAGAGCAGGAGCUCCACCUGUAUGUGUGGCUGCAGCUGAGGCUGCUGUGGGUCCUGGGGGCAAGGUGUGAGGAAGGGCUGAAUUGUGCUGAAGGAGGAGGGAAAAGCAGCCAAAUUCUGUUGUGUAGCACUUGGCAGGAAGUUGUAAAGAGGAGCUGCAGCACACAUCCCCAAGACAUGCAGGAUUUGUGGGGAAUAGAAGGGAUGUCCAGAGGGGAAGAAUGGCUGAAAUGUUUGAUUUCUAAAGCCUUUAUGCAUCUCUGAUGUUCCUGUGCUUUCUGGGCAGAAGGCUGGGGUUAGAAUAGGCACUUAUUUUCUUGCUGCUCAUUUUCUUUUUUAAUUCUUGCCCCACUGACCUGAUCUCUGGGGUGCAGGAGCCUUAGGCCUCUAGUUUGGCCUGAGCUGCUCUGUCCUCCAGCAGCCUGGGGAUGUCCACUAGAGCAACCUGCACGUGGUGUCCAUGGUGGGGGUGUUUGCACCCAAAUAGAUGAUGGGGUCUGCUCUGCAGGGCUCUGACCUGCUCUCCUCUGGAGGAACAGCACAGUGUGUUCCCCUUUUAAGGCUGUUGGGCCAUGUCACCUGGGGAAGAGGCUGUUCCUCACCUCUGCCUGUGGUGAUGCCCUGCCAGAACCACGUGGCUGUGCUGUCAUUCUCAUCAUCUCAUCUGGUUUUGUGUAGCUGUCUGGGGGCACAGAGAUAACCCUUAGUCACCAGUGUACCUUCUUCCCUGUUCCACAGGGGAUUCUACUACAAAACAUGAAAAGGUGUGGCUGAGGUGGUGUGCUGGGAACAGUGAGAUGAGGCUGAGCAUUCCCCACACUCCUGUCCCCCCUGUCCUGUUGAUUCUGCAGGAACCAUGAACAUCUCUGAGCCUGUUCCCAGCUCAUCGUGCUGAGCAGGGGAUUGGCUUUAGUCCUGGGCCAUGUCCCUUUUCCAUGUGUACCAGGCUGCAGGACACCAGCACACAAAAGCAUUAAUCCUGCCUCAUCUCUGAACUGUUCCUCCUUUAACAAGAGACACAGUAGGUUUUAUUUAAAGUCGGGUUUGCAAAUGGCUCUUAGGGCUCUGUUUGGGCUUUGUUUGCUCUGUCAGCAGGUAACGGGCAGAGCUGGCCGUGCUUUGUCCCUCUAGCAAUAAGUCCUGGCCCUUUCCCUCAGAGUGAAUUUCGCAGUUUAGCUUGGAGUAGGUGUGUAUAUUUAAGGUGAGUGGAUUUGAGAUGUUUUGCAAACGUGAGAGACUUUUCCUACGUAGCAGGACCAGGUGGGGGUGCCUGGCUCUGGCCCCGGCUCUGUGCUCAGAGCUUCGCAAGCGCUGGGGCUGUUCCUGAGCAGUUUGGGAAGGCAGGAGCGGCUCCCCCGAGCCCUCGGUCCGUCUGUCCGUCCGUGCGUCCGCCCGUGCCCCGGGCCGAGGAGCCGGUCCCCGCUGUCGCUGUCGCUCCGUGCACUUGUGCCUUCAAAUGUAAUUUUAAAAGGGACUUGAAUCGCCGAUUCCUGGCAGCGGGAGGGGAGGGGGCGGCGCGGGGCCGGGCCCGGCUCUGCCCUCGGGCGCUGCCUGUUUUUUACCUGUUAUACUGAGAUCAAUAAUCUGUAUAAAACUAUUUUGAUGUCCA